CAUUGAUUCAGUAGUAACACAUCGAGCUGCUGAGAGGAGACGCUGAAGGAGAGAAAGAGAGAGAGUGAGAGAAAGAUCAAGAGAGAGAGAGAAAGAAAUCUGUCCUUAUGAUCCAAAGGAGUGCGAGCAGAUCGAGCUGAAGAAUCGAAGCAGGAAAGCAACUAGUCAUCUGGUCAAUCUUGCUGGCUUGCUCUAAACCGUUUUUAUUUCUCCCUUCUCUCUCGUCGUCCCUGAUAUGACUCUUUUCAAGAGUGAACACUGCAGCCCACAGUACAUGAGCAUGACCGGAGAGCUGAAAUCAAGCCGCUCGAAGACAGGAGGAGUCAAGAGGCCGAGCAGUGCCGUGUACGGAUCGGAAUACGAGCUGGACUACGACUGCUACCAGGAGAACCUCUAUGACAGGGUGUUCGAUUACCAGCGUGUCCCAUCGGCAGUGCCCGCGCUGCCCCACAGUUCCAGCCUGGCCAAGAGAGCACGCUCGUCUUCCUCCAGGCAGCGACACAGCCGAGACCGCUCGUCCUCCAAGGGCUCCUCCAGACCCCACUCUUCCAGCAGAGCUAAGUUGAAAAUGGAGGAGCUGCAGACCAUAAAGCGCGAGUUGACGACAAUAAAGGUGCAGAUUGAUGGCCUGCUGGACAGCCUGGACAGGAUGGACAGACAAAGGCAGGAGCACACAGGUUCUCCAUUUUCUCAUGGUGGGAGCUCAGGGGGUUCACCAUACCACCCAUCAACCAGCAGUCGAGAGGGAUCUCCCAGAACUCCCAGCCCACGCCGCUGCACCCGGAGAGACACUCCGGAGCUGGGAGAGGCGAGCGACGACGAGCCGCACAUGAUGAAUCAUCACAACUCUGACAUGGAGGACGAAAUGUAAAGAGGCACGGCUCAGACCGGUCUGCUGAGUGAUGUAGCAAGACAGAAGAGCCUGACAUGCAGAAGAAGAAGAAGAACCCGCCUCUGUCUCCACGGCAACAGCUCACGACAUGACACAACACACAGUCCAGCAUAUCAAAAUAAUCCUGGGUCUCAUCAGUAAAGUUGUGAGAUUUACGUUUAGUUCCUUCUUUUUAGCGCUCGUGUACCGGCUCUCAUUCCUGUGUGUAGUGUCAGGUGUCAUUACAGGUGUCAUUACAGGUGUCAUUACAGGUGUCAUUACAGGUGUCAUUACAGGUGUCAUUACAGGUGUUAUUACAGGUGUUAUUACAGGUGUCAUUACAGGACACAAAUGCAGCACAUGACAAUAGGAGUCUUUAUACCGUCUUCUCGAGCUUCUCACGCUGGGUUGCCAGAUCUGUGUGACAAAAAUAAAGCAGACCCUAAACCAGCCCAAUACCAAAAAACCCCCAUACCUGCACCUCACACCCCACAUCCACCGCACCUCACACCCCGCAUCCACCGCACCUCACACCCCGCAUCCACUGCACCUCACACCUCACACCCCGCAUCCACCGCACCUCACACCGCAUCCACCGCACCUCACACCGCAUCCACCGCACCUCACACCCCGCAUCCACCGCACCUCACACCCCGCAUCCACCGCACCUCACACCUCACACCCCGCAUCCACCGCACCUCACACACCGCAUCCACCGCACCUCACACCGCAUCCACCGCACCUCACACCGCAUCCACCGCACCUCACACCCCGCAUCCACCGCACCUCACACCCCGCAUCCACUGCACCUCACACCUCACUUUCUUUUCUUUUCUUUUUCUUUUCUCAUUCAUUCUUUUCUCCUUCUUUCCUUUCUUUCAAUUUCCCUUCCUUCCUUUCUUUUAACUUUCUUCUGUCCUUCCUUUUCUUAAUUUCUUUUAUUCCUUCCUUCUUUCCUUCCUUCCUUCCUUCCUUCACCCUACUUCAUUAAAGCAGAUUUACUGGAUCUCUUUCUUUCUUUCUUUCUUUCUUUCUUUCUUUCUUUCUUUCUUUCUUUCUUUCUUUCUUUCUUUCUUUCUUUCUUUCUUUCUUUCUUUCCUUCCUUCCUUCCUUCCUUCCUUCCUUCCUUUCUCGUUCCACGCUCACAUCUCUACAGACUCUGGUGUCUUGUUGAUCUCAGUGUGAGACACAUAAACAUUACCAGAUUCUCUUCUUCUGCGUUCUCGGCGCUUCGGCCUGAACGUAACUGUGUGGGUCGGUGUGUAAUAAUGUGUAAUAUUGUAAAACUUUGUUUUCCGUGUGUUUCUUGCUGUCUGAUUUUAAUCUUGCUUUUUUUGUUUUUAAUCUUGGAAAAGAGAACAAAUAAAAGAAAU